CGUUAUAUAGCGAUCAGCGGACGUGAGAGAGUAGUCUCCAAGCGAGAAGUGUCGUAAAAAAAAUAUGGCUACUGUUGUAGCAAUAUGUGGUAUCAGGUUUGUUCGGAAUGUUUGUGGGCUGUUACAGACACGGUCCCAGAUGGUGGGUGGUACACCUCAGCAGCUGUCCUGCUUCCACACCAGUGUUUCACUGGAAACAAAAAGAAAAUGGGAGCGGAAGAACAAGAUAGUGUACCCACCUCAGCUACCAGAUGAGCCCCGUAGACCAGCAGAGGUCUAUCACUGCAGGAGAUAUAUAAAAUACAGCAAAGACAAGAUGUGGUAUCUGGCCAAAGUGAUCCGGGGGAUGAGCAUUUAUGAGGCCAUUGGGCAAAUGGAGUUUAAUGACAAGAAAGGAGCUAAAUUUGUGAAAGAGGUCCUUCUGGAAGCGCAAGAGAUGGCCGUGAAAAGUCACAAUGUCGAGUACAAGUCCAAUUUGUAUGUCGCUGAGUCUUUUUCAGCCAAAGGGCCGUACCUGAAACGAAUUCGUUACCAUGGCAGGGGAAUGUUUGGUAUCAUGGACAAAGUUUACUGUCACUACUUUGUUAAGCUAGUGGAAGGGUCACCGCCCAAAAAGGAGGAGAAGACAAGUUUGGACCUUGCCAAAGAGUACGUCCAAAGCCUCAAGAAUCGAACCAUCAUCCACAGUUUGUAGGCCUAACCUCUGAUAUACACGAGUUAUUUGACAUCUGUAAAUAAAAUGAAUGAUU